UUAGAAAUGAACGUUUGCCAGUUACGGAAGAGCUGAAUAGAAUCGAGUGCAACUUGUUGGCCAAUACGAAACAAAGGGAGUGCGCGAAAUCAGGCAGCUAAUAAACUCGUCAAUUACAGAUAAAUAUUUUUAUAUUACGAAUUACUUAAAUUACACUCACUCACAAUGACAGCGGCCGAAACAUAUGGAAAUAAUAAUUUCAACUCGAAUAUAACAACAAAUAAUCACAACAGUCAGCCAGCAACUCUUCAGGCGACCUCUUCAAAUCCUGGCGAUACAGCCAUAGAGCUAACGGAAAAUUUCUAUAUAAACAAUAGCAACAAAAAGAGACACAAUUUGAAAAUACAGGUGCAGCUAAAUGGCGGUGGAAUCUUUCUCAGGCGAGAGACCGAAGAUCAUGAUCAAAUAACCGAACAAUUAAUAAGACUCGAAGAUAUAGUGGGCAGUCAUUGUGGUGGCAAAUUGAAGAGGCGGGCCAGAGGUGGCUUAAGUUCUUGCAAACGUCUCAGUGAGGACGAGGAGCAACAUCACAGUGAAAAUUCCCAGGAUCGGGAACAAAAAGAUAUUUCGGCCUAUUUGUAUAUCUAUGCCUAUUUGAGGAAAGACAAGCCCCUGAGGCGUAUGAGAACUGUGAGAAUUUUACGUUUUCGUUCAUUUCUUACAUACGAGGAGAAUUUAAAAUCGGCUGAGCGUUGGCGUGAUGCCAUUAAAUUUAAUAAAAGUUUAGAGGAACACAGCACUAUGGAAGCGAAACCUUUGUUGAUAUUAUUAAAUCCCAAGUCAGGCAAGGGCAAAGGACGAGUAAUGUUUCAAAAGCAAAUGGCUCCGGUAUUAAAAGAAGCCGAGGUACAAUAUGAGUUAGUGGUAACAACACAUGCCAACUUUGCCCGUGAAUUGGUAAAGCAACGCAAAGAUUUAGUACAAAAAUAUUCGGGAAUAAUAGUGGCUUCGGGAGAUGGUUUACUAUUUGAGGUGAUAAACGGCAUAAUGGAGAGAACAGAUUGGCGGGUAUUGGCGCGCAAUUUACCAGUCGGUAUAGUUCCCUGUGGUUCCGGCAAUGGUUUGGCUAAAAGUAUAGCCCAUCUUUACAAUGAACCUUAUGAACCCAAACCCAUAAUAAAUGCCACGUUGGCUUGUGUUUCCGGCCAAAAUGCCCCUUUAGAUAUUGUACGGGUGGAACUUAAGGCCCAAGGUAAUGUUACCGAAAUGUACUCCUUCCUUUCCAUAGGUUGGGGCAUAAUAGCCGACAUUGAUAUUGAAAGUGAAAAGUUAAGAUCCUUAGGAGCUCCUCGAUUUACAUUAUGGUCCAUACAUCGUUUAGUGCGUUUACGCACCUACAAGGGUAAGGUAUCCUAUCUGCCCUGGCGUAAACAAGAAAGUUUUCCAGUAGAGGAAAUAACAAGUCAAAUACAAGCAACUACAACAGAUAAACCUUCCAUAUUACGGCGCUUUCGUGAUGCCCAGGAUGAUGAGGCCGACGAGUUUGCCGAUGCUGUGGCAGAGGAAAAUGAUAUUGACGAUGAAUUUGCUGAUAUUAUAAGCUACAGAACAAACAUAGACAGUUGGCAUUCGGCAGUGUCACGCAGAACGGCUUACUAUUCCAUAGCGGGUCAAAGUAUAAGAUCAAAUCGUAGUGUCACCAAUAGUGUGUUUAGUAAAAUCGAACAGGCCAAUGCUGAGUUCAAUAUACGCGCUCCUCAAUCCUCGAUACCAGCUCUGGAUAAACCUUUGCCCGAGGAAUGGCACUCGGAAGAGGGUGAAUUUGUCUUAGUGCAGGCAGCUUAUACCACACAUUUGGCUGCCGAUUGCCUCUUUGCUCCCGACUCGAAAUUAAAUGAUGGCAUUAUCUAUUUAGUCAUAAUACGAGCCGGUAUUGGCCGAUCCCAGCUUAUGCAGUUUUUAUUGAAUUUAAGUUCCGGUACACAUUUAUCCGAAGCACCCACAACUCAUAUACAAGUGAUUCCUGUGACAGCAUUUCGCAUAGAGCCUCAAGAGGAAGAGGGCAUUAUAACGGUGGAUGGUGAACGUGUGGGUCAUGGGGCUAUACAGGCUGAAAUAUUUCCGGGCUUAAUGAAAGUGAUGGUGCCGAAUGUACCAAAGGAGUGAGGGAGCAAGAUGAUUACAAUAUGAGU